AUGAAGUGGYURACAAUUGUCUUGGCGUUAGCUGCUCUAUUUUCAGCAUCUAAUGCAUAUUACCGCGUCUGUUACUUCACCAAUUGGGCUCAAUACAGAGAUGCACCCAUGAAGUUUACUCCGUCCGAUAUCGAUCCAUUCCUUUGCACCCAUAUCAUGUACUCGUUUGCAAAGAUCAACGACGACAAUACUCUUGGAAUGUAUGAAUCGAAUGACGACACRUUGUACCAAGCAGUUAACAAUCUGAAGAAAACCAACCCAAAGUUAAAAACUCUACUUGCGUUAGGUGGGUGGACCCACGAAGGUGGUGCAGUUAGUCCCUUUUCCAGGAUGGUAUCAAAUCCAGSCAGCAGAAAAGUCUUCAUCGAUUCCAGUAUCUCUGUCCUAACGAAGUACGGUUUUGAUGGGUUGGAUCUCGACUGGGARUACCCCGCCCACCGUGGAAACUCACCCCCCGAGGACAAACAGCGGUUCACCGUCUUAUGCCAAGAACUUCUUGACGCGUUCAAAAGACACGCUUAUGCAAGUAAAACUCCGCGGUUACUUCUAACUGCAGCCGUGGCAGCACCUCACAACAUCGUGGACUCCGCGUAUGAAGUGAACAAGCUAGCUGGAGUACUGGACUGGAUCAAUCUAAUGACUUAUGAUAUGCACGGGAGCUGGAAUAAGGUAACUGGACAUCAUUCAGGUUUAAACGGCUCACCUGGAGCAACGAACACUGUYGCAUACACCUUGCAGUAUUGGAUGGACCGAGGCAUGCCUUGUCAGAAGAUAGCCUUAGGUAUGGCUACUUAUGGAAGAUCAUUCCAGCUAUCCAAUCCUAGUGAUACAAGUCUUGGUGCACCAAUCUCAGGAGCUGGAAAGGCUGGACAGUACACCAAGGAAAAAGGUUUUCUCAGCUACUACGAGAUAUGUAAGCUCCCACUGAAAGUUGUAGAAGAUAGCACCCUACAAGCACCAUACGGCUUCUACAGUGAUCAGUGGAUAGCCUACGAUAAUGUUGCCAGCUUGAAGCUUAAGACCGACAAAUUCAUCAAAGGAAAGAAUCUCUUGGGAGCGAUGUUCUGGGCCAUCGAUUUGGAUGAUUUUCAAAAUGUAUGYGGUGAAGGGAAGUCGCCAUUAAUGAAUGCGGUUAAAGCUGCUCUUGGCGGUGGUGAUGUGAAGCCCCCRCAAAAAGUAUGUCUGGCAACUGGGGUGUGGCAAGGCAAUCAGGCGAUGGACGAUUGGUGUAAAGCGAACUGUGCCGUYGGGCAUUGCCCUUCGGAAAUGUGCAAGUGCGCAUAAGUCUCACGGCUGCUGUGGUUCAAGUUAGUGGGAAUAGCAUUCUCUGAGUAGAAACAKCAUAAUGAAAGUGUUAUCUAAUGAAUUAAAGAUAAACAAGUAAAAAGAAAUGUA